AGUAAUAUAUCAUUAUGGUGUGGUUUCUAUCUGAUCCGCUUCACGGGAAGACAAGUAAUCGAUCAGAGACUGACAAAAAAACUGUGUUUCUUCUUCUUCAAUGUUUUCGGUGUCUAGCUAGUAUUGAGAAGCUGAAUUGAACCCCGAUUAUUCCAAUCGAGCCGGAUCGGCGCACUAAAGGAGUAAACUACUCUCAGCGUGAAUUUUCUGCAUUGAGAAGGACUCGAUCUCGAACUCAAGACCUUGCGAUAUAGCCAGGAGUUCUUCUAUUGAUCAUUGCUUCUAUGUAGCCAAGAGAGCUAAUCAUCAAGGAAGAUAUUAAAUCAGCGGCAACAAUGGCGCAGGCAACGUUCAAACCGGAGGAUCAGAAGACGCAGCACUUCAACCUGCUGAGUGGCCAUUCCAUUCCUGCCGUCGGACUGGGUACUUGGAAAUCCGGUUCCAAAGCCGAUGACGCCGUCUCCACUGCCAUCAUCGAGGCUGGCUACAGGCACAUUGACACUGCUUGGCAAUAUGGAGUUCAAGAAGAGGUAGGAGUUGCCCUCCGAGCAGUGAUGCAGGCCGGAGUCAAGAGGAAAGAUCUUUUUAUCACAUCUAAGCUAUGGUGCACCGAGUUGUCCCCAGACAGGGUUCGAACUGCGUUCAACAACACCCUUCAAGAGCUGCAACUCGACUACCUCGACCUCUAUCUAAUCCACUGGCCCUUCCAUUUGCAAGAAGGAGCGAGCAGGCCUCCAAAGCCAGGGGAGGUGUUGGAGUUUGACAUGGAAGGUGUUUGGAGAGAGAUGGAGAAGCUUGUUGAGGAAAAUCUUAUUCGGGACAUAGGUGUCUGCAAUUUCACCCUCAAGAAGCUCACGAAGUUGAUGGAUUUCGCUCAAAUCAUGUCCUCUGUGUGUCAGAUGGAGAUGCACCCUGGAUGGAAAAAUGAUAAGAUGCUGGAAGCCUGCAAGAACAGUGGAAUCCACGUUACUGCAUAUUCUCCAUUGGGUUCACAAGGUGGAGGAGGUCGGGAUCUAAUCCAUGACCAGACGGUCGAAAGAGUGGCGAAGAAACUGAACAAGACCCCGGGCCAGGUGCUGGUGAAGUGGGCCCUCCAGAGAGGCAUCAGCGUGAUCCCGAAGUCGAGCAAUCCGGAGAGGAUCAGAGAGAACAUUCAGGUAUUUGGGUGGGAACUACCUAAGGAAGACUUCGAGGCACUCUGCAGGAUCCAGAAUCAGAAACGAGUGCUGGAUGGCGAAGAACUGUCUGUGAACAAGGAAGCGGGACCUUACAGGAGCGUAGCAGAUCUUUGGGAUCAUGAGGAUUGAAAUUACUCCACUAGUCCUACUACUUAUUGCCGUCACCCUUUUCCAUAAUAUAUAUUAGAAUAUCUGCGAGACGCUAAGCAGCCGAGUUAAGCCUGAAAGGGCUCUCAAAUCUUUCCAGUUUUGUAUGUCGUGCUUGCUUAUAGUUUUGUAUUCGAUGUGCUUGCUUAUAGUUUUGUAUUCGAUGUACUUGCUUGGGA